AUGGACCAAACAAAGCGAAGACACUACUCGCAGCUCUCCCAGCAGCUGCAGCUCCUGCAGAAGAACCUGGAAGCGACCACGCAGCAUGUAGAGACCAUGUCCGUGCAGUGCAAUGAGCAUCUCGUGAACAAGCUUGGCAAGAUCCAAGCAUCAUGGUUCAUCGGGGGAAACCGGUGUUUCGAGCAGGAACUGCUGGGGAAACGUUAA